AUGAAUAGAUGUGGACUCACAAAGACUCACUGUGAAGUUGUGGCCUCAGCUCUGAAGUCCAACCCGUCACAUCUGACACAUCUGGACCUGAGUGACAACAACCUGCAGGACUCAUCAGUGAAGGUUCUGUGUGCUGGACUGGAGAGUCCUCACUGUCGACUGGAGACUCUGAGAUUGAGUUACUGCAAGUUGUCAGAGAUCAGCUGUGAUUCUCUGGUCUCAGCUCUGAAGUCCAACCCAUCACAUCUGACAGAACUGGACCUGAGCUGGAACAAGCUGCAGGAUUCAGGAGUGAAGCAUCUGUGUGGUUUUCUGGAGAGUCGUCGCUGUCGACUGGAGACUCUGAGAUUGAGUUACUGCAGUUUGUCAGAGAUCAGCUGUGAUUCUCUGGUCUCAGCUCUGAAGUCCAACCCGUCACAUCUGACACAACUGGACCUGAGUGAAAACAAGCUGCAGGAUUCAGGAGUGAAGCGUCUGUGUGGUUUUCUGGAGAGACGUUACUGUCGACUGGAGACUCUGAGAUUGAGACGCUGCAGUUUGUCAGAGAUCAGCUGUGAUUCUCUGGUCUCAGCUCUGAAGUCAAACCCGUCACAUCUGACACAACUGGACCUGAGCUACAACAACCUGCAGGAUUCAUCAGUGAAGCCUCUUCUUGACCUGGUGCAGAGUCCAGACUGUGGACUGCAGACUCUGAGCUGGUACUGAUCCAGAUGUAGAAGCAUCAGCAGUGUGUGUGUGGAGGUUCUGACUGGUCCAUGUUACUGGGAGCAGAGCUUCAUCCACAACUGACUGACAGAGGAACCAGAACCAGUGGAGACGAGUCUCAGUGUGAACUGAUCUGAGACCAGCUGCUCUGUGUCCAGUCCACCAGGAUCAUGUGGGAAAUGAAGUGUGUGGUGCAGUAGUUACAGUAGAU